UUGUGUUCUCCCCACCACCCCCCCACGCAGCGCUGAGCCCUGAAUCGCUCUGGAAAAUUGCUUCUUUUGAAUAGGGGGAAGGAGGAACAACGUUUAAUAGGAUCCAAAGGGAGUCUGUGCUCUUAAACAGGUGGAAAUUGGACGUCCUCGAAUUUAUACAAAUAGUAAGUUUAUAAGCCGGUGAGGAAAAAGACGGAUCCCAUCUCCGAGGAUUAGCAGCUCUCUCCGAGAAAAAAAAAAGAUUACUGUGUUGUUAACCAAAUGAAAGCAGGAGACUCACUCAGCUCCUCCAAAGCGCGAUUAAUGAUGAAAACACAAUUGUGCAGCAGUUUUACUGAUGGAAUGGUUUCAUAUUUACGUGCCAUCCCCUCUAUAGAUUUGUCUCCCUGUCACCCAGUUAGGUGCUUGGGUGCCCGAUUAUGUCAAGAGACAGUGAUCUGCACUGAUGAGGGGCGGGCGCUGCCAAGGUCUGACAGAGAGCAGUCGGCUGGUUUCUCCACUCCCAUCUGAACAAUAAGAAGGUAAAGUACAACACAGACGUAACUUUGGCUUAACUCGGUGUCCAGGAGCUCCGGCUACAACAUUUCUUGCCCUCUGUUUCCUCCUCCUCCUCUUCUUCUUCUCCUUAACGAGCCCUGUAAUGUCUGUUAAUUUUGUGUGUGCUAGUUAAUGAGCAUUAAUCCAUCACCCCUGGAUGCUAUUGUUGCGAGGCGGGGGCCAUUUGAAUGCAAAUGCGUGACACUGUGACAGCAAGGUGCUUAUUAAACUGAUGUGUCCGCCUGUCUUUUCUGCUGGGAGCUCAGGGGAGUGAAAAGACGCGGGGCAGCUGGACUAUACACGGAGUUGCUCACACCAAGUUCUGUUCGGCUGCAAAGCGAAACUACUACAGCGGCAACAAAAUGGCAAGUUCAGCCUCUUUAGACACGGUGGUGUCCUGCGGGAGGACUGCGCCGUCCGCGGCUCCCAAAACGCUGGCUUUCUCCAUCGACUGGAUCAUGUCCAAGAGCUCGGAGCCGAAAGGGAACGCGGAGGAACGUUCAGAGGGGAAAAAACUGCUAGGGCUCUGCUCCCCAAUCCCCUGCAUGAUCCCGCUACAGCCCUUCAGCUACGACCUCCAAGCCAAGGCGCUGAUGAGCUAUUCGGAGCUGUGGAGAGCCAGUUUUAGGGGAACUUUGUGCGGCUCGCCAGCUGCUCCGUGCAAAGGAAACUGCGGGUUGUGCGGCAAAGCGGAUCCGAGCCUGAAGCAGCAGCUGCUGACGUCAGGGAGCAGGGUGGUAAAACCUCAGGUCCUGAACCAGGCCGUGCCCAGCAGUGGCUCGCUCUACUAUUUCAAUUACCUGGACUCUGCGUACCAGCAGUCGGAGCUGCUGGCCGGCCACUGGCUCUCCAGCCCGCAGGCCCAGGCCUCUCUGUCGGCGCACCACAGACUUUUGCUGCUGGAGAAUGCCAAACUGACCGGUGUGGGCACCGACAAGCUGCCCACACCUCAAUACCCACACAAGGAACAUCUGCCAGGGCAGCUGGACCAGAUAGUGAAAGAGAGCCACGGCCUGACAGCUGAGAAAAGCGGCAUAAAGACACACAGCAAACUCAGCGGCAGUGGCAGUGCGGACGGAAAACCCAAAAAUUUCACCUGCGAAGUGUGUGGAAAGGUUUUUAAUGCGCAUUACAAUCUUACCAGACACAUGCCGGUGCACACGGGGGCCCGGCCCUUCGUAUGUAAAGUGUGCGGUAAAGGAUUCCGGCAGGCCAGCACGCUGUGCAGACACAAGAUCAUCCACACGCAGGAAAAGCCUCACAAAUGCAACCAGUGUGGAAAAGCGUUCAACAGAAGUUCGACGCUCAACACUCACGUCCGGAUCCACGCAGGGUAUAAACCAUUUGUGUGCGAGUUCUGCGGGAAAGGCUUCCACCAGAAAGGAAACUACAAGAACCACAAGCUGACGCACAGCGGGGAGAAACAGUACAAGUGCUCCAUCUGCAAUAAGGCCUUCCACCAGAUCUACAACCUGACCUUCCACAUGCACACACACAACGACAAGAAGCCCUUCACCUGCGCCACUUGUGGCAAAGGCUUCUGCCGCAACUUCGACCUGAAGAAGCACAUCAGGAAGCUGCAUGACAAUGGCUUCUCGGCGGCUUCAGAAGCCUCCAGAGAGCUGCAGAGCUGAGCCAUUGCUCGUUUCCUGCUAUGACUUUUUAGCGGGCAGUUUUUAAGGUCUGACAAGGAAGUGAGGGAGUUCAAAAAACUGGACACGAAUCUUUGAAAAGAAAUGAGGUAAUCGGCUCCCGUCAGUGUGUCAGCAGGAAUGCUGCAGCGAACAAAAAACAGACAACAUCCGCCCAACACUGUCGCGAUGUUUUGGGUCCACAUAGAAUUUCUUUCUGCAUUUCCACAGACUGAAAGAGAAACCCCCUGUCUCCACGAUGGAACUGUAAAUAACGAUAAUAAUAAUCAUAAUAAUAAUAACGUGAAUCAUCUGGGGAAUGCAUCGCCAUGUUGUUUAUUUCAUUGAAAAACUGUUCCUGUGAAUAAAUAAGUUAAAUUAUAUUGAAACUGAAUGUCUGAGCCAUGUUUGCAUUUUGAAGGUAUUUGAAAAUAAAACAAUUAUAUGAUCAAAGUUUAUUCUGAAACACUUUGUAAGGUGCAAAUAUCACAUUUAGACAACACACACGUGCCCGCAAGAAAAAGCCCGUAAAUGAAAACAGAGAAGGCCGCGAGACACAAACAAGCAAAGUGUGUGAUAUUCAAAGACGAAGUAACUAAAACAAACGACAUUUGGAAAUAUAGUGGAAAAACUGCACAACCUGAAAAAUAAAAACAGCGAAAAAGUAUUUUUUUUUUAAAAAAAAACAAACUAAUUUGCUUCUGAUCUUUCAUUAAUUCUAUUUGUUACAUUUUCCAGCAAAUGUAAACUGGGAGACACGCGUGCACAAGCGCAGACGGUACUGGUAUUUUGGAGCGCGGGUACUGUAUGCUCUGCGGCCACUUUUAUUCAACAUUUACUGACAGACACGAUCUUAAUAAUACUGCAUUUACACUUGACUCUGGCUUAAUGGCACAAAUGAUCAGAUAUAACACGAGGCUCUUGAAAGCGAAUUACAUUAAGCAGCUAAACAGCCU